AUGUCAGAACGCUACCCGUCCGAGAUCAAAGAUGCAUCACCGCUCGCGCAGCCACUGCACUUCGAGUUCAGCGGGCGGACCGCGAUGAACCGGCUCCUCAAGGCCGCGAUGACAGAGCGACUGGCAUCAUGGGACCCUAUCCACAAAGAGAAGCGCGGGAUCCCUUCCGCCAAUCUGAUCCGAGUAUACCAGCGCUGGGGAGAAGGUCAAUUUGGGGUCUGUCUGACAGGCAAUAUAAUGAUCGACUACGACCAGCUGGAAGGACGAGGCAACCCGGUCAUCCCACUCGAGGCACCAUUCUCAGGCGACCGAUUCGAAGCAUUCAAAGACCUAGCAACUCAAGCCAAAGCGCACGGCAGUCUGAUCGUAGCGCAAGUCAGCCACCCGGGCCGCCAAGUCGAAUCCAGCAUCAACGCGGACCCAGUAUCAGCAAGCGACGUACAACUGGAGGCUGAAAUCUUCGGAAUGAAAUUCGCCAAACCGCACGCUGCAACAAUCGAAGAAAUCAAAGGUAUUAUCGCCCGCUUCACCCAUGCGGCCAAGUACUUGUACAAGGCAGGCUACGACGGGAUCGAACUGCACGGCGCACAUGGGUAUUUACUCGCGCAGUUCCUGUCCCAAACGACCAACAAGCGAACCGACCAGUAUGGCGGCUCGCUGCGCAACCGGGCCCGAUUGAUUCUCGAGAUUGCCGACUCGAUCCGACAAAAAGUGCCAUCUUCGUUCGUGUUGGCUAUCAAGAUCAACUCGGUCGAGUUCCAGGAAGGCGGGUUCACGGCCGACGAGGCAAAAGAGCUCUGUGGAAUGUUGGAAGAAUCCAAAUUCGACUUUGUCGAGUUGUCAGGCGGCACGUACCAGGAGUUUGCGUUCACGCAUAAACGCGAAUCCACAAAGAAGCGUGAAGCGUUUUUCCUCGAGUUUGCGGACAAGAUCACACCGGCUUUGAAAAAGACAAAGACUUAUGUCACGGGCGGACUGAGGACUGUUACGGGUAUGGUUAAUGCCCUCAAGACAGUUGAUGGCGUGGGACUCGGCAGGCCCGCAUGUCAGGAACCCCUGAUUGCAAGGGACAUUCUCCAGGGCCGUGUCACGGGCGUUAUUGCCCAGAAACUCGACCCGGAUAACUUUGCUGUUACGAAUCUUGUGGGAGGCGCCCAGAUCCGUCAGGUGGGAAAGGGGCAAGUCCCUAUCGAUAUGUCGAAACAGGAAAAUGUCGAUGCGUUCCUGAAGGAUCUUGCGAAAUGGUCAGAGAAGAUGGCGACUGGCGAUCCGAGCAAUUAUGGUUUUCUGGAUAUUGAGAGUGCUCCGGUGACAUUGUAUGAUGUAGCGUGA